UUUUGAUCCUAAUGUUUACAGGUUAGUCUUUCUUAACCUAUGUUUUUUACAAUGGUAUCUAUUGCGUUGUCAAAGCAUUUUGAGCAAGAAUUAUUGUGUUGUCUUAAAUAAGUUAAAAAAAAAGUACUUGAAUUAUAGAUUUUAGUACUCAUUGAAGGUGUUAGUGGUGUCAAGUAAUGUGGGUUAUUGUCAAUGAACUUGUCCACAUCAUUGAUGCAGAAUAGCAGCACAAUAGGAGGUGCAGCAGAAGCGAAUUCUUCUCAAACGAUUCUUGCUGCUGUAUCUCAAUCCUUAACAACUUACUACCAUACUAAUUCUGGAAAAGCUCAAUCACAACCUGCUGCUUAUGAAUCUAUUCAGCCUGAUCGACCUAUAGGGUAUGGUGCAUUUGGUGUUGUUUGGGCAGUUACGGAUCCAAGAGAUGGAAAAAGAGUUGCUUUGAAAAAAUUGCCAAAUGUUUUUCAAAGCUUAAUUAGCAGUAAAAGAGUGUUCAGAGAAUUAAAAAUGCUUUGUUUCUUCAAACAUGAAAACGUUCUCUCAGCUUUAGAUAUUUUACAGCCGCCACAUCUUGAUUUUUUUCAAGAAAUAUAUGUUAUAACAGAGCUUCUUCAGAGUGAUCUUCAUAAAAUUAUUGUUAGUCCACAGCAUCUCAGUUCUGAUCAUAUAAAGGUUUUUCUUUAUCAAAUUCUUAGAGGUCUCAAAUAUUUACAUUCUGCUAGGAUUUUGCAUAGAGAUAUAAAGCCAGGAAAUCUUUUGGUGAAUAGCAACUGCAUUUUGAAGAUAUGUGACUUUGGAUUAGCACGAGUAGAAGAACCUGAUAAAAAAAAACACAUGACACAAGAAGUUGUAACACAGUAUUAUAGAGCUCCAGAAAUUUUAAUGGGUGCUCGACAUUACACAACUGCUGUUGAUAUAUGGAGUGUAGGAUGUAUUUUUGGAGAGCUUUUAAGGCGCCGAAUUUUGUUUCAAGCACAAAGCCCAGUACAACAGUUGGAGUUAAUAACAGAACUCCUUGGGACACCCACAAUUGAAGAUAUGAAGUACGCAUGUGAAGGUGCGAAAUCUCAUAUGCUUCGUCGAGCACCUAAACCGCCAGCUUUGACAGCUUUAUAUACUCUAAGUAGUCAAGCAACUCAUGAAGCUGUUCAUCUAUUAUGCCAAAUGCUUGUUUUUGAUCCUGAUAAGCGGAUAACAAUAGGUAAUGCAUUAGCGCAUCCUUAUUUAGACGAAGGAAGACUCAGAUAUCAUUCGUGCAUGUGUAAAUGUUGUUACACAUCAAAUACUGCUGUAAGACAAUAUACAACAGACUUUGAACCUGUCACCCCCCAUUUUUUCAGCGAUGUUUGGGAAAAAAAACUUAUUAAUAUCCAGCAAGUAAAAGAAGAAAUGCACAAGUUCAUUGCUGAACAGCUAAAUACGUCGAGAGUACCUUUAUGUAUAAAUCCACAGUCGGCUGCAUUUAAAAGUUUUGCAAGAUGAAAUUUUAUGGACUAUUUUCAUAUUUUGACGAUGUAAUACUACUUAUCAAAGAUGUAAAAAAUUUAAAUCACUUUUUUUUGUUCAUAAAUACAGUAUAAGAAACUGCGACAUGGAGAACACAAGAUACGGUAAUUUUUCAAAAAGUAAGAAUAAGUGAAAACUCCUCACUGAAUACCAAUCAACAAGUGAUCAAGUACUCUGCACUUAUAAGUUAUAAUUGUUCGUGAUUAGGAAAUAUUAAAUGAUUGGUAUAUUAUUUUGCAAAGUACUACAAUUUCGAUUUUAGGAAGAAGAGAACUAUAAAGAAAAAUAAUCUUAAACGAUAACUUAGUCAUCGCCUUAAUAGUUUAAAAAAUCAUGGUAUCAAACUGUCGACUACGAUUCAUAUGCAAAAUAACGUACAUAGAGACUAUUUAUUAAUAAACUAGGUUUUAUAAAA